AUGGCGGGACCUUUGUUGUAUAGUAGGACUUCAGAAGGAUUGGUGUUUAAGUCGGCGUCGACAUCGGAAAAGGCGGAUACAGUAAUCCAACUAUCGUGUCAGGAUCAGAAUGUCAGCUUAGUAGGUCUAGAGGAGUUUCCUCUGCAAGGUAAGAUCAAGAAAAUAGCUGCAUUGCUGGGAUUUAUCAAGCUGAAAUUGAACAGAUACGCGAUUAUUGCGAACAGGGUCGAGGAAACAGGCAGAUUGAAUCGGCAUGUGAUAUACAAGAUUGUUGAUUACUCUAUCAUCCCCGUCAAGAAAAAUGCCAGGGUGGAUUCGGACGAAUCGGAGUACCUGAAGCUUCUGGAGAUGCAUUUGAAUGACUCAUCUCUGCACUUCUCCUACACUUAUGAUCUGACCAACUCGCUGCAAAGGAACGAAAAAAUAGGCCCUGCAUCUUGGAAAACAGCUGAUACUCGUUUUUUCUGGAACCAUUAUUUGACAGAGGAUCUUCGAAACCUUGCUAGUACAGAGAGCCACGUCUCUGAUUUCAUCCAGCCGGUCAUUUACGGUUAUGCAAAAACUGUUGAUAAAGUGUUGAACUCUGUUCCGAUCUCCGUGGGGCUGAUUACUAGGCGCAGCAGGUUCCGGGCAGGUACAAGAUAUUUCCGUCGUGGGAUCGACGAGGACGGUAACGUUGGAAACUUCAACGAAACGGAGCAGAUCCUGACCGUGCAAGGUUUAAGAAAGGAAAACAUCCAACAGUUCUCUUUCCUUCAGACGAGGGGUUCCGUUCCGGUUUACUGGGCGGAAAUCAACAACUUGAAGUACAAGCCUAGUCUAGUUAUUGGUGAACAAUCAUCUUUGGAUGCGGCUAAAAAACAUUUUGAUGAGCAAAAAGAGCUUUAUGGUGACAACUAUCUGGUUAAUUUGGUGAACCAAAGUGGUCAUGAGCUACCAGUUAAGGAUGCCUACGAAUCUGCCGUUCACGCUCUCAAUGAUCCAAAACUACACUACAUUUAUUUUGAUUUCCAUCAUGAAUGUCGAAAAAUGAGAUGGUACAGAGUUAAGCUUUUGAUUGACCAUCUGAAAGAGAUGGGACUGAAGAAAACCGAUUUCUUUCAUGUUGUCAGGUCACCAAGCGGAGAGACUAUAAAGAUUGUAAGCGAGCAAAAGUCCGUCGUCAGAACCAAUUGUAUGGACUGUCUAGAUAGAACUAAUGUUGUCCAGUCUGUGUUGGCUCACUGGGUUUUGCAAGAAGAACUCGAAAGAGCAGGCGUAAUUACAAACAGUGCGGCCUGGGAAGAAGACGUCCAGCUGCUAUCAACUUUCCAAAGCUUUUGGGCUGACAACGCCGAUGCAGUCAGUUGCUCUUAUUCUGGCACCUGCGCUCUGAAGACAGACUUUACGAGAACGGGCAAGCGUACCCGGUCCGGGGCUGUCAAAGAUUUUGUCAAUUCUGCUUCUCGAUACUACCAAAACAACCUCUCCGAUGGCCCUCGGCAAGAUUCCUACGAUCUAAUCUUGGGUAAUUUCAGGCCAUACAUGACCUCUAUCCAGUCACCAUUCCCAGACAGAAGACCACUUUACAUCCAGUUCAUGCCAACGGUAAUUUAUGCUGCGUUGACCGUAUUAGGAGCCACAAUUGUCUUUCCAAAAGAUCAUUUUACAAGCAGUAAGAAUCUAACAUUCUUUCUAAGCGCUGCCAUCAUUUUGAUAGUCGCUGCUCGAUUCUUGAUACAAAACGGCUUACAAUAUGUCAACUGGCCGAAAUUGGUCGACGUUGGUUUUGUAGUGGCACAACAAACCCACAACAAAGAAAAGGAGUUCAAAGGACUGAAAUAUGUUCCCAGCUCUAAAUUUGUUAAGCCUAACGUUGGGAAGAAAGACUAG